AUGAUGGUAGUGACGAUUAUGCUGUUUCUACUCAUGCUGGUCAGCGCCCUCCAACCCACAGAAACCGCUGCUUCAAGCCGACCAAAACGCGCCUUUCUCGGCUACUGCCCAAACGGCGCCUUAGCAGUUGCAAUGUGCUUUCCGAACCGGACCUGCGGAGCAGCGUAUUACUGUGACACAUUCACGAAUCGCUGUUGCCCUGGUCCGUACGUGCCAAUCAUUCCGCCUGUUACGUCAUAUCCUACGAUUCCACCGCUGUCGCCCUUCACCAUUUAUCCAACGUAUCCGACAUUCCCCCCAUCCACCUCUACGCCCAGAGCACUCAUAUGCCUGGACGGUAACCGAGCAGAGUCCGCUUGUUCGGUCAGUUUCCCUCAGUGCCCAGCAAGCCACAUCUGCACCGCCAGAGGGCUGUGCUGUCGCAGCGGCACAGCAGCAAGCUGCAAUUUCCGCGGUCUUCCAACGAAGCCUUGCCCUCUUGGGAAAAGCGAAUGCUCACAACAAGAAUAUUGCUCGGUGGAUCACUACUGCUGUCCCAGUACGAACUGA